UCCGUCAAACUCUAUGCUCAUAAGUUCCCAACAGUAACCGUCACUUUUCCUCCAUUCCCCCAUAAGCCCCUCCCCUCUUCCCCCAAUUAAUAAAUUAACCAAACGGCUAUAUUCCGUUCUCUCUAUUUCUGAGUCUCUCGAAAAACCCAACACCAAUUUCACCUUGUACUUAACUCUACCCUCAGCUGCUCUCUCUCUCUCUCUCUCUCCCCCAAAAUGCACAAAGGCUUAGCUUUCUGCCUCCUCCUCUCACUCUUCCUCUGCAACUUGACACCGCCCUCCAUGGCCAAGAACAGCGUCGUUACCAUUGAGCUGUGAUGUGUGGCGAAGAACAACGCCAAGGACGCCCAGCUGCAGUCGGCGCUGGACUGGGCCUGCAGAGCCUGUGGGACCGACUGCAGCCCAAUCCUGCAAGGUGGGCCCUACUACGACCCCACCGACAUCCAAAACACCGCCUCCUACGCCUUCAACGACUACUUUCUAAAACACGGCAUGACCGACGAAAGCUGCAACUUUGAUAACACUGCCGCUCUCACUUCUUUGAACCCCAGUUAUAAUAAGUGCAAAUUCCCAUCCAGCUUGUCAUCGAGCAAUGCAAGCCUUUCAAGUCCAUCAACAGCGUAUGGAAUGGGGUCCAGUGAAGAUCUCAACGGCAACAAUCAGAUUUCUCAGCUAUGGAUUUGGCAUCUCAUGACCAGUCUUCUGCUCAUUGCAUUUUCAUGGGUAAUGGGUUAGCUUAAGCUUUGUCCCUUCGUUGUUUUUUUUUUUUUUUUUUUUUUUUUUUUUUUUUUUUUUGUUACGUGACAAUUUUACACCU